AGCAGUCAGCCCCAGGCCCAGCGCCGCCACUCGGCUCCCUCCUCCACUCCAUCCCUCGCCGGCCGCCGCAGCGCGUCCAGACCCAGCGAGCACCCCGCGAGACACAAGAGCGCGGAGGAGAGGAGGGAACUCCGAGGAAUAUGGGGUGGAAAGCGGCGGAGAAGCUCAUCAGGCACUGGAAGAUCCUUCGCGGUGACAACGUGAUGAUUAUCAGAGGCAAGGACAAGGGGGAGGCCGGGCUGAUCAAGCGGGUCAUUCGGUCGCAAAAUCGCGUCAUCGUGGAGGGCAAGAACUUGGUUAAGAAACACAUUAAACAAGGGGAAGGGCACACAGGUGGUAUUUUCUCAAUUGAAGCUCCACUUCAUGUCUCAAAUGUCCAAGUAGUUGAUCCAGUCACCGGGAAACCAUGUAAGGUUGGAUAUAAGUAUUUGGAAGAUGGGACCAAAGUCAGGUUCGCUAGAGGAAUGAAUGCAUCUGGUGCUGUGAUACCCCAGCCAGAAAUUCUGAAGGAGAGAAGAAAACCGAGACCCACAUCACCUGGCCCAAAGGAUACACCAAUUGAGCUUGUGCUGGAGAAGACCUACGAUGACAAGGCUGGAAUUGGUAUGCCUGAUCUAUAGCUGCCGCGUUGGCUGUGUUGAGAGAGAGUUCAGUGUAUGUGACCAGAUCCUAGUUAAGUUAUUAGGGGUCGAUGAUUGCAAAUCUGCAGUUGUACCAUACUUCCCUCAUAAUAAUCAUGUAUUAACGAUUGAAAGAGGGAUUCUUCAUUUGGUCGGAGUUUCCGGUUCUUCAGAAAUGCAUACUUGAAUGUUGGCAAAGAUUUGUAUCUUCUUAAUGAGAUAUGGAUUUAUGAAAAGAGAUGGAAAUUGAACUGGUU